CGAUCUGUGAGAGCCUCGUCCCAAUACUUCCGCAAAGGUUUGAUUUUGAAGGUGCAUGUAUGUCAAAGAUCUGGCACCAUAUAUGGACCGUGUAACUCAUUGUUUUUCACUAUCCCCGCAAAAGAACUAUCCUCAUACUUGGUCCUCGCAACCAUCGCCCAGGACCAGGAAAGAUCACAUGGAAGCAUGCGGACGUGGACUCUUGUUCAAAAAAGGGCAAGCUUUUAUAUUCGAGGGUUGAACUUACAUCCAUGAAAAGAGGGUCUGAAUCAAGGAUGAGGUGCCGGUUCCUGGUAAAUGAGCUUAGGUCGAGUUAGCAGCUUUGAUGCAAGCCAACAUCCCAACCACUGUCCUAGCAACCAUCGACAGCGCCGAAUACCAGGGAGGAGGGCUGAUUGCGUUACCGGAGUCGAAGUUUGUGAAGACCCCCACUGCGAAGGAGUUGUCAUCGAACAUCAUGUGGCUGAAGCCUCUUGUGACCUACUCACCCUCAAAGGUCUUGGGUGCAUAUUUUCUCACUGAUGCAUGGCUGAUGUUGGAUCGGAGCUUGGGAUUCAAACUUUUUCGUCCGCAGCCCCACGAAACGCGGAUGAAGUUAGCCGCGUACGAGGCCUGCAAGGCCAAGAAAUGCAUGGGGGCGCUUCGCAGCCUGUGGAGGAGUUCAAAAACCGGUGGCCACGACCAGAACAUCCGCCACCUCAAGAGCUUCCUUCGCGACAGUCCAGGCCGUCGCGCUGAUGAUUCGCCGGUUGAUGAUGAAGCUGGAUCAGAUCCAGCAUCGGAGCCAGAGCCUGUGCCUGCGCCAGUGCUUGACGAUGACAGGGAGUCCUGCUCCGAGUCAACGUCUGAAGAGGAGGCGAUUGAGAAGGACGCAGAGCCUUCACCAGACUCUGAGUCUGAUUGCAAUUCACUGACGGCCAGGACGCUGCGAUUGGGUGAGUCUCCCGGAUCCAGCUCAAGCAGUGCAUCGGAGUCGCCUGAUCAUCGAGACUCGCAAGUCUCAUCUGGCUGGAUGGGCAAAGCCAUGUCAGACAUUACGCGGCAGACCAUGGCAGCUGAAGCAUGGGAGCGGAAGCUCAAGGACCUCCUCCUUGACAUCAAGUUUGAUUUGCAGGAGCAGCUGCAUGUUUCUAUGGAGGGGGCUGAGUGGGACCAGUACUCGGAGUGGUGCAGAAAUGUUUUGACUGCUCACGGUGACUCGGUCUACGCCAAGCUUGCCGACGCUGGCCACUUCAAGCGGUGGAUUUUCCGGCAGAAGUCUCAGCCGGGCGAGGAUCAUCCUGGAUGCAAGGUGAGCUUGGACAAGGCUCUUCGCACUAUGAACAUGGAAGUGGCCGUUGAGGAGGAGGAUAACACGGUGACUCCUGCUGCAAAGCGGCCGCGAACGCUGGAGGUUGUUAGCAUGGCUUUGGAUGAAACGCCACCUCCAGUCGUUGGGCCCCAAACCGCGAAGACCAUGUCGGCGGUCAAGACGGAGGACAAGAUGUCGGAGUUGGGCGGCGGUGAGUUUGGUGAACCUUUGAAGAAAUUCCACUCCUAUGAUUUGGAUGAACUUCAAGUGCCUCAAGAAGCUCGCCCCAGAGUCGGGCAAAAUCAUCUUGGCCGUCACGGGUACACCCUCAAGUCCAGGAAUGGCGCUGUUGUGGAGUGCUUGCUCAAAACCCGGGCCUUUGUUAUCAAGAAGGCCAGCGCACAGGCGUCCACUUCGCAAUCGCCCCGCUCCUCCAAAUCCACAGGCCAAGUCACGUGGUCCAAAUUCGGGGGGGCUGAGAAGGCCUGGCUUGCGACCAAAUGCCGCGCUGGGUGGUAGGAUUUUCUUUACAUGUCUUGGGUCAUUUGCUUGACAUGCCUUUCAGAAAGGACAUGUCCAGGGGGUCACAGCACCUCUCCUAGGUGUUGAAUUGUGUUCGACUUUCAUCCAACUGAGAUGAACCAAAGGUGCA